AUGAGUUCAGCAAAUAAAGAUCAAAUAGUAUUGGAAGGUACUCUGAGACGGUGCAAAAGACACAAGAUAUUCAAAGUAAGUGGGCUGACCAGAAUCCAACAGCCAGCCAGCAUAUUUCAGACGAAAUGGAUUGAACGCUACUUUGUGCUCUACUGCCGCGAUUCGUCGCGUGGCCUUUUCACCAUCGACGAGUACAAAUCGAGUCGGAAAAACAAGAAUGAGCUGAAAAAGCGCUUCAAUCUGGAGUACGUCGUCCGGCUCGAGUCGAACCUCUCCUUCUCGGAUCCGGCCAUUUCGUGCUCGUCCACUCAUCAACCGACGGACGCUCUCAAUUGGAUCUUUUCCGUCGGAUUUCGAUUUCACAACGUCGUACAAAAGGAUUUGUAUUUGGUGGCCAAGAAUGAAGCGGAAAUGAGCAAGUGGGUGUGCGAAUUGUGCAAGGCGUGCAAGUUGCAUCGACAGAACGAGGAAAUUAUCGUCCAAGGUUAGUGUUGCGUGCCAGCCUCCACUUCUUCAUUUUUCUCGUUAGAAGGCGAUAUAUCUCAAGUGGGAGGCUCCUCAAUCAGUGGCCUAUCAAUGUCUUCUCAAUCACUCGACAUUUCCAUCAUUGAUCAACAACAGUACGCUGAAAAUGUAGGUGCCAGCUCUCAGGUAAUUUUCGGCAAGGGUGGGGCGCGCGAGCGGCAAGCGAACAGCAUGCAUGGCAUCAGCAUGGAUAGGGCGUGCAACAGAAAAAAGUGGGAUGGAAGGGAAGGAAGGUUUAUGAGCGGCACGGGAGCAGCAACGGUAGCAGGCAAGGGUUCAGCGCGUAGCAGGCACGGAAUCGGCAUCAUUACAGCAACUUGCCGAAAAUUACCAGAGUUGUUUCCCCAAAUCUUGAGUGCAAUUCGCAGAUACCCGAUCCAAAGCAGUACCUCCGAAUGCAUAACUUCAAAUCGGUCAACUCACAGCAAAGUCUACCCAGGGAGAAGGACACAAAUCCGAAUUAUAACAAUUUGCCAGGUUGAUUAGAUUUUCAACGGAAACGUGUAAUGUUCGCAGCUUGCAGAGCCGUCGGAAUCGCGUUCCGAGACCUCUUCAAUGUAUUCCAGUCGACGGACCGAGGAGGACAGUGCUAGUUACACGAGCGGACCGCCGGUUCCGCCGCCCAGAAGCAAACACGCACUGAAUCGCUUUUUGAAGGUACAUACACUAACUCUUUCCUUUUAUUAUUUGCCCAGUUCACACCUUUAUUACCUUCAGAACACCCAGCCUGGCCGCCUUCACAUGCCCGCAAGCACUUCGAUGGGACAAGUGAUAACAGUGGACGCAGAAGACAGCAGUGGAGAGACGCUGAAGCUCGACAAUCAUCAAGAGCCGUAUUCAGAAUCGGUCACGUCGUCCGAAGGUAUUCCUAUUUUCGAACGAAACGGACGCACGCUCAUCCGGAGGCCGCCACCCGUGGAUCGAUCCAACAAACCGAAGAAUUUGAGAGCGGAGGAGGAGGGAAUGAGGUACCGAAAGUGAGUUUCUUUUUUAGGAAACAAUACGGCAUGGGAAGACCCUAAUGUUUCAGUUUGGGUAGGAACAGUAGUGCGGAUAAUACGGUUUACACCACCACGUUCUCCUCGAAGACUACGGUAUUUGAUAAGUUUCCGGCAAAGCGUUAUCAUCUUAAACUUCCAGACCUACCAACCCCUUGAUCCGUCGAAAAAACGAAAUCUGGACUAUUUCGAGCCGACGCAACUAGUGGAAAACUCGAGUUCGAGUACUGUAGCCGCAUCGACACGAUCGCCGACGCCGUCUGACAUCGAGUACAUUUCAGUGGAUGUCGAUCGGACACUGGUUGGCGAUUACGGUAGCACAUCGAACAAUGAUACUGUUGCAGGCUUUCAAGCAAAUGAGAAGGGCGGCACAAUCGACGGAUUGA